GGCCCGUGCGUUGCACCUGGACACUAUUGCGAAGGACUUGUUGUGCGCGUUUUGCCGGCAAAAAUGUUCUUUCCAACUUUAUCUGCGAGUGUUUAUUAAAGGUCCAGUUAAUAAACAUUUUUUUCGACUCUACAAAGAAAAUGUGUCGUUUAACUUCGAUGCAGCAGUUGUUAUGUUCUCAGUGAUUAUGUGAAUCUCGGGUAGAAAUUAUAUUUAUAUAAGUAAUAAUACGGUCUUAAGUACGUUAAUUUCUGAAAGCAGCUUUAAAAUGUUGAUAUACGACGUAUUGCACAAAGAAAAAGUUUAUUCGAUAGUCGCAAAUAAUUUGCGAACCCUCGGGGUUAAAUAUCGCAUUAAAAAAAAUGCCAUCAAGACGGAUAAACCUGAUCGUAAUGCUGUGGCAUUGAAGAAAGUCUUCAAGACUCCGCUGUCUUAUUUGCCCUUGGAUGUUGUGAAUUUGUCAUCUGGUGCUAUAGUUCACGUUCCGGUCUUCGUGAGCCAAGCAACGGCUUUCCUUCUCAAACAUGUGAAUCAGGAAGGGCUGUUUAGAAAAGCUGGUCUUCAAGUCAAACAAAAGGAAAUAAUUGCAAGAUUGGAUAAUGGGGGAAGUUUGGGAGAUAAAUACAAUCCUCUGGAUGUCGCUAACUGCUUUAAAACGUUUCUAAGAAGUUUACCAGAACCCCUGAUUCCAUUCAGUUAUCAUGAUGUAUUUGUCAGGUGUGGGAUGUUGAAAGAAAAAAAGGAAGAAGCAUUGCUGAUGGCAUGUCUUCUUUUACCACCCCAUCACUUGAAUACUUUGGCAUUUAUUAUGGAAUUUUUAAAAACUGUUUCUCAACACGAAACACAAAACAAAAUGGGAAUCGAUAACUUAGCUAGGGUAGUAGGUCCUAAUAUUAUGCCUUUACCGGAUACAUCAACCAUUGUCGCAGUUCAAACAAGACUGGAGGCUCAUCUCAAUAUUAUAAAAAUAUUGAUAGAAAACUCUGAGAAAAUUGGGGUUUUACCAGAUGAUGUGUCAUCAGCAAUAAAUAUGGAUGCCGUAGGAAGUACUGAUGAGCUUGAUAUUGAUAAGUCAGAUCCUUCAGCUUUGUUUAAAAGUAAAAAGAAGAAACAUAGAAGUGGAAGCCUCAACAGAAUGAUUAGUGGUUUAAGAAAAAUGGUUGGUAAAAACCAUUCGCCUAGUGGCACAGAAACACAAGAAAAUCAUAUUGUUGCUGAGCCUACUACUCAGUCACAUACUCCAUCUGUUAAAGUUGGAAAAAAGCGUAAAAACAACGAUCAAUCACAUCUCAGAAGGCAUCUUUACAGAACAGACUUUUUUGAAAUCUUGUCUCCCAGUUGUUCUUACAGCUUCAGUAGUAUAUUUUCUCCUCAAGUAUCUGAGCAUCCUAAUCCGGUUCGAGAGAGUCAAAAAGCUCAGAAGCACAAGAUUUCAACCGAACAGAAAUUACCUGAAAAAGUAGAGCGUCCAAAGAAAUUACGACUUAGUCUCGAUCGUCUUGUUCCACGGAGUCACAAGAACAAAUCUAAUGGUCUAGACGAUUCUGUUGAAAGCCGCAAAAAAUCUUUCAGUCCGGAAUCUCGUUGGUUAACAGGUUCUUCAGCAGAAGCAAAAAAGCGCCGACGAACUAAAAGCAUUGACUCACCAUAUCGACGAUCACCACGAGCCAAAGUCCCACAUGCUGAGGCAAAUGAGCAGUCUCACGAGGAUGUAUUUAUGGACGCUGAAAUUAAUCUGUCCGACGAUUGCGCAAAUUCAAAAAGGAGGUCUUCGCACAAUUAUUCUCUCCGCAGCUUAUCAUCGCCUAAUACAUCGACAGCAACGGAUGAUAACAAUGGCGAAUACGUAAAAAUACCGAAAAGUGAGUACGAAGAAAUUAAAACUCGAGUAUCGGCAAUUGAAUCGCGAAUAUCGCAGGAAUUUAAAAGUAUAACAAACGAAGCUACGGAAACUCUAAUUUCUCAUCCUAUUACCAAAGUUCAAAGUGAGUAUGAAAAUCUAUUGGAGGAAACGAAUAUUGAAAACAGUGCCAGUGCCGACCAAUUAGCAAAAAGAUUGAGUAGAGAAUUGAAAAUCCGGAAGUCUUCCGAACAUAAGAUCAUAAGAUCGCCGAGUGCUCGAAAAAUUGGAAGUAUGAGAAGACGCUCGCAAGAAAAACCAGUCAGAAAAGUACAACGUACAGUUUCGUGGCAUAUUUCGGACAAGUCAUUGAAUCGCACUUCGGUAGUUUCCGCACAACCACGUGUAAAUAGCUUGGCAUUGUCGCCGAACAAACCGUGCAAAUUGGCGCGGAGUAAGCCACUUUUAAAACGUGAUUCUUACAAGAGCUUGACUCAAACACCAACGAAACCUGAACAUAUGAGCUCAGAUAAUCUUAGUGCUGAAACUAACGCAAGGCUUGAAUAUCUCCAGCAGCAGCUCAACACGCUUAUAAGUCAUACAGCUGAACAUACGCGAGGUGCGUUCAGCGACGAUGAUUUCUUGCCUCUAGAUGAUUCUUACGAAAAUAAAAAGUCUGCUAAACACGAAAGUCCAAUCAGAGAUGGAGACUCCGUAAACUUACGAAGAGCUUCAUCAUUCAACGAUGAAAAUUUUAUCGAUAAUUCGCAAUAUUUUAAUGAUAAACUUACCGAAGUUUUACGUGGAAAUGCAUUGAAAAAUCCUUCGGUAUCACCAUCACCAAAUAAAGAGCCGAAAACCGUUUUGAAAACGCCCGGGACGGGAAGAAAAGAAAAGACUGUUUCGUGGAAGGACGCAGAUGACUACUUUCAACAAGAAGCGAAAUUGCGGACUCCAGUACCGACAACUGGUCGAGCAUCCGUUGCAAAAUUACGCACUCAAAAUGCCGGCAUGGUCUUAGCCAAGGCCAAAUUAUUUGAUGAUCCAACGAAAGAAGCGAUAGAUUUCAAUCGUAGACAAUCCAUGAAAGCUCAAAAUCCGUCGAGGAAUAGCACUAGAGAUGAAAUGAAAUCUACCAGUGCUAUUAAACGCCGUGAAGAAGCUAUGCGUCGUAAGCAAACUACACCCGAUCGCCGAGGUACCAAAAACGUUUCACCCUUGAUAAGGAUGGAGGUAUCGAUUAGUAGCAAUGGACGUAAACAAUCGACUCGUUUAACUAGUCCUCGAGUAAAUCACGAGGAUACCAAAAAUCUCGUCUUAAAAGAAAACAAAUCUAUGCAGGCCGUGAACGCAUUAAUUACAAACCCUUCAACUGUAAAACAAGAGGACGCGAAUUUGUUAAAGAUAAGCGAGAGCCCACUUUGUAAAACGCCGCAUAUCAAAAGACCAUUGAGCGUCAAAACUCCACGCAGUGCCAAAUCGCUAUCAGCUCGUAAAUCCAUCAUGUUAUCUAGACGAACCCCAUUAAAGGCGAUGAUGCCCAUAACGCCAAAACGACAGAGCCCUAGAAUCACGAUGAAAUCGUCGCAACUUAAUAGACAUAAUUAAUUUAUACAUUUUCAUGCAUGUAUUCAUAAUAUCAUUAACAUUAUCAUUAAGACUAUAGUAAAACGCGAGUGAACGUAUAGAUGUGUAGAAAAAAACGAGACAAAGAAAUUAUUUAGAUAUUUGUUUAUUUUAUACAAAUGAGUUACAUUAAU